GCGAGAAAGGACGACAAGGAUGACGCGGGUCGCGUACACGGCGCUCUUCUUCGUGAACGCAAUUCUAGCGACGGCCUUGCGGGCCUUUGGCGACGGCUUCCUCAAGCACGUGUGGUCCAUCGACGGCUGCGACGACCCGGCCGACGUGCACUGCGUCGGCAACCAAGCCGUGUAUCGGACGAGCUUUGCCAUCUGCUGCUUCUUCGCCUUGAUGGUUCUCUUGAGCGCGCUCUCGGAGCGAGGGCAUGCCAACUGCUGCUGCCUCUGGUGCUUCCAGCUCCCGUGCUACGGCGCGCUGGUCGUCAUCUCCUUUCUUAUUCCAAGCGCGUUCUUUGAGGGCUAUGCGUGGCUGGCGCGUGUCACAUCGGUCUUCUUCCUCGUCCUCCAGAUCGUCAUUAUCAUCGACUUUAUGUACAAUGUGCGCGACUACCUCAUUGACCGCAUCGACGCGGCCGAAGCCGACGCCGAGUCGACCGCGUCGCUCCUCGGCACCUCAUUACCGCCCGCGAAUCGCAGCUGGAUCUGGAAGGGCAUCUACUUGGCCAUUGUGCUUGUGUGUCUCGGUGGCGCGCUCACUGGCAUUGCCCUCAUGUACCAGUACUAUGGCGACUGCGCGAUUGGCUCGUCGUUUACAACGGUCACGCUCGUGGCAAUUCUGGUUGCGACCGGCAUUAGCAUCACCGAGUGGGCGGGCACAGGCUUGAUGCCGCCGUCGAUCGUGGCCGCCUACGCCGUCUUUCUCUGCUACCAAGCGCUCGCGUCCAACCCGAACGCGCUCUGCAACCCGUUCUCGCUUGUCGAAGCUCACGCGCACACCAACACGAUCGCGUCGGCGCUGCUCGGUGCCGCCACGAUCACGUGGACAAGCUGGUCGACGUCGUCGUCGGCGUCAUCGGCGCUGCAAAUGCACCGAACGGACGAGUCGGACUUGGAGCUGGCGAAGAAAGCUACCGCCUCGGACGCCGACACGCCGAGUUGGCAGUUCCAUCUCGUUAUGGUCUUUGGUGGGCUCUACAUGGCCAUGGUCCUCACGCAAUGGGGCUCGUCGCAUGGGCAAGAGCAAGGGGCCGUCAAUAUGUGGGUGCAGAUCGUGUCCCAGUGGAUGGUGCUGCUCCUCUAUGUGUGGACGCUCGUGGCGCCUCGGCUCUUCCCCGACCGUGACUUUAGCAUCUAAGAAAACACAUGCAAAUGACCUAUUAUGCGCAAUAA